AGAGAGAGAGAGAUCAGGCCAUCGAUCAGCAUGAGUCUAUUACACGGGAAGCUGGAGGCGUAUGUUGGAAUUAGGGUCGCUGCUGAUCUGUUCCAUGACAUCUUCAGCGGCAGGCCACACCAUAUUUCAGACAUGGCUCCUGAGAAGAUCAAGGCUUGCGCUGUCCAUGAAGGUGACUGGGGCAAACCCGGCACUGUCAUCAACUGGGAUUACUGCCACGAUGGGGUUGCGAAAGUGGCAAAAGAGGUGAUCGAGGACAUCGACGAUGUGAAUCUUUCGACGACGUUUAAGGUGAUCGAAGGGGAUCUGAUGAAGGAGUACAAGAAUUUCAAGCUAGUGGUUCAGGCAACUCCACAGUCGGGGGGAGAGUGGAGCCUGGUUCACUGGACACUGGAGUAUGAGAAGCUCAACGAGGAAAUCCCCGAGCCCUUCUCCCUGCUGCAAUUUGUGGUUCACACCAGCAAGGAUAUUGAUGACCACCACACCAAGAAGAAGUGAUCAUAAUAAUUAAUUCCAUGAACAUGAACAUGAUGGUAAUUAUUAUAUAAGCAUGGGGGGAAAAGUCGUACGUACGUGUUUCCAAGUUCCAAUAAUGUGUAUUGAAAAGACUCUAUGAUUGUGGUUUGUUUUUUUUUUUUUUUUAUUGUGUGUGGCAGUUGAGGGAAUGGGCCAUCGAAGCUUUCAAUAAUAUAGCAUUGUAUAUUACUGUAUGUGUGCUUCUGAUAUUGCUGUAAACUUGCGAAUAAUUAAGUGGCCUUCUGUUUGUAUGAGUAUUUGAUGGGUGUUAUGUAUCUGCUUACUUCGCCAAAUAUAUAUAUAUG